AUGAAGUUAAAGCAGAAGAAAUCUUCAAAUAAAUUACUAUCGGAGAAAAUAGCGGAUGCGCUUACAGUAAAACCACGCGCAGAUAUAGAAGAUGACCAGGUUUUUAACACGAAACCCAAGAUAGUUUCACGUGAAGAGUUAGAGUCAUCCGAUAUAGAAAUUGAUGUAGCUAUCAGUGAUUUUCGCAAACGAAACGUUACUUUAUUAAGCGAAGUUAGUGAAAAAUAUAAAGGUAAAGUGGUUUCUCAAAAAGACUUAAGAGAAACAGAUGAUGGGAGUGAAGACACUGAGUCUGAAAUUGAAUUACCAGUAUCACAAACUGACGCCAAAAAUUCCAACGAUUCUGAUGAUUCCGACGCUGAAAAUGAAGAUUAUAGCAUCACUCAAUUCAAGAAACAAUUGAAUAAUAAAACUGAAGUACAAGAACAAACAGACGAUGAAAAUUCAAACGAUUCUGAUGAUUCCGAUGCUGAAAGUGAAGAUUAUAGCAUCACUCAAUUCAAGAAACAAUUGAAUAAUGAUUCAGAGGACAACGAAGAGAAUUCUAGUGAUGGUGAUGAGGAAGGUGAAGACGAUGGUGAUGAAGAUGAGGGGUAUGACAUCAGUCAGAUGGAUGAGCCACUCAAAGAGAACUUUGAACAUGUGAAAAAGCAGAAUGUUUCCGAAGAAGCAAAGAAAGGUAAUGCUGUAAGAAAUCAGCUUUUGAUAUGGGAAGGGCUGUUGGAAAUGCGAAUACAUCUUCAAAGAUGUGUCAACACUGCAAAUCAGAUGCCUUUGCCAGACACUUAUCAAGAAUUAAAGGAAAACAAUGAAUUUUUUGAAGAAACAAAUAUUUGUAAAAAUAAUAUUGCUACAGUUUUGGAUAAAUUGCUGUCUCUACAAAAUUUGCUGUUAAAUAAUUACUCAGAAACUAAAACUUUCUGCAGUAAAAAACAUAUUAAAGACGCUAAAGAAAAUGAAAAGAAACAAGGAGAUAGUGAUGAAGAAAUUCCAAGUGAUACAGAUAAUGAAGAAAUACCAUCAGACACCGAAGCAGAAGAUGAGACACCAAAAGCGAUUCAAACAUCCAAAACUAGCAGCAAUAAAAGUGGACCAAACAGGAAACGCAAACUAGAAGAAUAUGAAAGUGAUAUAUCAAACACACACAAAGUUUUUAAAACAUUCAGAGAUAAUUCAAUACAGAAAUGGAAUGACAAAACACGCCUAGCAACAGCCACCAACAUCAAAAAUGUACCUACUAAUACAGUUCUUCAACAAAUCUCUUACAUAUUGUCUGAUAGAGAAAAGUUAGUAAGACGCACACAGCUCAAGCGGUCUGAAUAUGAUAUUAUAGGUUAUCAAAAAAAUGUAUCAGGUGAAAAUAAUAAUGAGAAUGGAACAGGAGAGAACCCUGCUUCAACACAUCGCAAAGAUAAUGAUGAAUACAUAUCAGAAAUAUUUGAUGAUAGUGAUUUCUAUCAUCAAUUGUUAAGAGAAUUGAUUGAAUGUAAGUCUGCAGAUAUAUCAGAUCCAGUACAACUAAGUCGUCAGUGGAUAGCAUUGCAGCAAAUGAGAAGUAAAAUGAAGCGGAAAGUAGAUACAAAGGCUUCUAAGGGUAGAAAAAUUAGAUAUGUAGUUCACAAUAAGCUUGUUAAUUUUAUGGCUCAGGAGAAGAAUAUGUCUUGGACAGAUGAAAGUAAAAAUGAAUUGUAUAGUUCUCUAUUUGGAAAAUUGUUUGAACAAAAUAAUGUAGGUUUAAAUGCUAAUGUAUUUAAAUUAAAGGACUAA